GCGAUAUCACAAGAGUCGUGGGAGGUGUUGUAGCUGUGAUGUGGUGUGUGAGUCAUUGUCAGAGUGUGAAAAUAGUCAAGUCAGAUAAUUCGCUGCGUCUUGAACUUCUUGGAGACAUUUGAGUUAUUGGAUGUUUGUCGAGGGGAUUAUAGAGACUUCUUCAUUACGGAUCAUAUUAAGUGUGACCCGACCCAAGGAGACGUGGAGCGAUGUCUGGGCUCUGAGGGCGAGGAUGAGGGCAGUGUUUGGGGUAUGGACGCUCUGGACGGCAGAGAUGCUCAGGAUAAAAUAAGUCUGACGCCCAGCGAGGGCACCGAGCCUGGCAGUCCUCUCCCGUGUGCCCGCUCACACAGUCUGAGUCCACCAGGAGAGAGCUGGGGCGAGACGGAAACCUCACCCCUCAAAAACACGCCGGCAGACCUCGAACACACCGACAACAGCAUGUUCAGUCAGAGCAACUCUCACGUCUUAGAGAACGAUCCCCGUUAUGACUCAAUGGUGCAGCUGAGAAAAGUGUCGCAUCUUCUCAGUCCACAACGCAAUGGAUCCGUGAACUUGUACCAUAUAGGCGGCGUUCAAGGCGACAUGUCACCCGUCUGCUGGUCACCAGAAGAACACGAGUCACCCGAGGGGAAAGACGGUGUACCCCUGAACACUGAUGGCACAUGGAUGCCAGUUGAAACAUGCCCGUAUUGCCAGCGGACGUAUCGCACUCUGGGUGACGUCUCUCUGAAGGAGCAUAUGAAGUUCUGCCAGGACAGAGAUGGCAGGGAGGAUGUUUGCCCUAUCUGUGGGUACAGUACGCAAUACCGUGCACAAAUGGAAUGCCACCUCACCCUUCACAGCCAAACUCAAGACAAGAACCCCAUGUCGGAUUCAGCCAUAGAGAACAGGAAGUUUAAGUGUAAUCAGUGUGGAAAAGCCUUUAAAUACAAGCAUCACCUUAAAGAGCAUCUUCGCAUUCACAGCGGUGAGAAGCCGUACGAGUGCUCGAACUGUAAGAAGCGUUUCAGUCACUCUGGGUCCUACAGCUCUCACCUCAGCAGUAAAAAGUGCCUUAGUGGAGGCGGAACAGGAAAUGGCCACUCCCAUUUUAAUGGCCACUCCCACCCUGACUACCUCUUCCCCUCCCCAACAUCGCCUCCUGUGGUUGGCGGUCGAAAUGGCAGUCGAGGAAAGGGCUCUCCAUACGCCCCCCUGGGUCAAUACCAAAUAGACCCACUCACCAUGCCAGGGCAGGAGUCUGUGCCCAUUAUGCAUGCGGUAGAGCUGACCAGGUCGUGGGACCCUACAGUGGAUUUGGCCAUGAGGACGGGCGUGUUUAAAGGCACCACUCUGCUACCUUUACUGCAGUCGCGCAGCAAGUUUGAACAACUUUUACAGGAAAUGCUUUGUAAGGAAGUUGGCGAACAGAGACAAGGAAGAGAGAGGAAAAAUGAGGCACCCAUCAGUGCCGUGACGUGUCGAUGGUGCUCAAAGGUGUUUCCCAGCGACGGGAUGCUAAUGCAUCAUGAGCGGUAUCAGUGCCAGAGCAAAGACAUCGUGAACUAUCCACUGUCACAGCGACCCAAAAACGGAUCUCCACUGAACUUCUCUAGACUCUCAAACCUGCCAUAUGACACCCAGACUUCACCAACUACCAAUAACGUGCCUUAUAGAGACCUUUCUUCGCCCCAACGGGCAUCCUGGCAUUCCGUACCAAAGCAGAUCCUCGUGCCUUUACCUACACCACUGUUAUCCCAAGAUAAACACUGGCCAAAUGAAAAAAUGAGUAGUCCAAGAAAACCAAAUCCAGUUGAUCCAACAUCCCCAACAUUAUCUGACCGCCAACAACUGAUUGCCUCAAGGUUUGGUUCUCCACCUUGCCUGGAUCUAUCUUUCAAUUCCACAUCGCCACGUCAAUCGAGUCAACAUAUUACGGUAUCAGGAUCGAUUCAGAACGAACCCUUGGACUUAUCCAUCCCCAAACCCCAUUCUACCUCUGGAGGUAUGUCACGAGAAACCAGAGAUCAGACUUGUAACGGCUACUCGCCGCAGCAAGGAAGACGUGACAUGGAUAGUAUGUUCAAGAGACUGACUCCACCCUCUCAGCAGCAGGUGGGUGGGGCCUAUGCACAGUCGCCGCUCUUUGGAAGCACGGUUUUCAGUAACUACCCCCUCUUUAAUCACAUGAUCCCUGGCAGCCUAGCAGGAAUGGGGCACAAUGGUCUGACAUCGCUUCCUCUCACGCCACCAACGCCAAGCCCGGGUUUUCUCUCUUCAGUGGCGUAUAUGGUGGAGGCGGAGUCAGAAUCGAUGUUGAAGAGAAUACAACACGAAAGACAUUCUUUGAUGAAUGAGGCUUUGAAUCGUGGCGGUCUGGAGUGUCUGUCUCUGAUGGAGGACGGGAUGGAUGGCGAGAUCGGUCCCGGGAGAAAGAGACUGAGGAAGACGGAGGAAGGACUUUACGCCUGCGACAUCUGCGACAAAACCUUCCAGAAGAGCAGCUCUCUCCUGCGCCAUAAAUACGAGCACACAGGAAAGAGACCCCACAAGUGUCAAAUCUGCAAGAAGGCUUUUAAACACAAGCAUCACUUGAUCGAGCACAGCCGCCUGCACUCCGGAGAGAAGCCGUAUCAGUGCGAUAAAUGCGGUAAACGAUUCUCUCACUCCGGCUCGUACUCGCAACACAUGAAUCACCGUUACGCAUUCUGCAGCCGCGACAGCGACCCGGACGCACCCGGAGAGGACGCGGCACUGGGGGACGGCGUUCCGUACCUGAGCCCCAUCACGGAGCGCCAGGACGGCGGCACGUAUCUCAGCGACUCCAGUAUGGAGGGAGCGGCGCUGGAGUACAGAGAGAAAGACGAGGAGGAGGAAGAGGAGAGCUCGCUCAGGCAUCACAUCCACGAGAGAGGGAUGAGAACAGAUCCUCAAUGGAUAAAGGAAGAAGCCGAGGACAAAUCCUUCAGACAAGAGGAGAGGCAGGACGCAGAGAUGAUCAACACGGCACGGAACGAAGACAUGGAGAGGACAAACGAGAUGGAACGAGACAGGAAGUGAAAU